AGUGUACAUAUUCCAUAGUUGUCCAUAAUGUCUGCAGUUAACAAGAUCUUAGCUGAAAAGCCAACUGAAUUAGAAUUGAAAGUCGCCCAAGCUUUCGUUGACUUGGAAGCCCAAGCUGACCUCAAGGCUGACUUGAGACCAUUACAAUUCAAGUCCAUCAAGGAAAUUGAUGUUAACGGUGGUAAGAAGGCUCUCGCUGUUUUCGUUCCUCCACCUUCAUUACAAGCUUACAGAAAGGUCCAAACCCGUUUGACUAGAGAAUUGGAAAAGAAGUUCCCAGACAGACACGUUGUUUUCUUGGCUGAACGUAGAAUCUUGCCAAAGCCAUCCCGUAAGGCUAGAAAGCAACAAAAGAGACCAAGAUCUAGAACUUUAACUGCUGUUCACGACAAGAUCUUAGAAGACUUGGUUUUCCCAACUGAAAUCAUUGGUAAGAGAGUUAGAUACUUAGUUGGUGGUAACAAGAUCCAAAAGGUUUUAUUAGACUCCAAGGACUCCACUGCUGUUGACUACAAAUUGGACUCUUUCCAACAAUUAUACUCUAAGUUGACUGGUAAGCAAGUUGUUUUCGAAAUCCCAGGUGAAACUUAUUAAAUUGUAUAUUAGUUGUCCAUCCAUCCUACACAGAAUCAUCCACCAUAACAAUUCCAAUUUAUAGCACAGUUUGGUACUAGGUAUCGAAUAAAAGGUUAAUACAG